AUGGCCAAAGUCAAGACUUCCAACGGCCUCCAAGCGGGGGGCCAGGACAGAAAGACUGGAGAAGUUGCGAGAAAGCCACUGUUCCUCGAACUGCCAACCGAGAUCCGCCUCCAGAUCUUUGAGCAGUUUCUCCCCGUCCCGCUGCCAGCAGCCAAGGGAGCCGGCAAGCGGGAGAGGGACCGUGUCAUCGGCGCGGUUUUCACUCCAGAUGAUAUGCCGCAACAUCAGCCGGGGAUGGUCACCUCUCUUUUGGUCCUCUUCGUCGUCGAGGGUCUCUCGAAGUACCGGGCCAUCAGUGCUCCGGGGGUCUGGAAGCAGUUCCGCUGCAAUCUGGAGGGGUUUAAGCGGACGUUUUGCCUGGGUUCUUCAUGCGACAGACUGGCACAUGUUCGUGGGCUUGUCUGCGACUUGCCGGCGUGCCUGACGUCUUUGCGCGACUGUUCUCCGCUUCCGUGUCUCCUCGCCGUGCUCCGCGCAUAUGCAGGCGACCCGCAGAGUCUGGCUGGAAGAAGCGAUCUUCGCCUAGUCAGGUCUCCAUACGGUCAAUGCCAGAUACCCUGA